UUUUUGACGUUCGUACAUUAGUUCGUUCGUUCGCAGUCGUCAGUUAUGUUCGUUGUUAAAAGAGUUUUUGCAAAUGGUUGUGGAUUUACGCAUCGCUGAAACAACAUUAAUUGUGCAAAAUAAAGAAUAAUCGCAACUGAAACUGCAUCCUCUGUGGACCACGUUUAGUGUAAUAAUUAGCUGGAAGAUCAACUUUUCUAAAAACAACAAAUAACAAAUAAUAAUAAAACAAAAUCCAACACUUAAGAAAAAUAAACAAAAGGUUUAUUUCUUCUGUUAGUGAAAAAAAUGCUAAAAUGAAUCGACAAAAACAUUUGAAUAUUUUCAAAAGCAAAAAAUUGCUAUGAUUUUUUGAUUUUUGAACUUCCGAUUCGUUCCAUAACUAAUUAAGACAGCCAAUUAGUUAAUCAGUGCAUAGAGUGAGGUGCGUAAAUCCCGAAACGAGCCGGGUUGUGGGCCGUGAGCCACGCAACAUUGCCAACUGUGUUUUAUAACAAAAAAAAAAAAAAAAAAACAACAACAACACAUUCAACCCAUUCACGCGUAUAACGCUAUACAAAAAAUAUUAAUGGAAAGUUGCAAAUAACUUUUAAAUAAUGCAAAUUUGCGGUGAUUGAAAAGUAAGAAAUUAAUUAGUGAAAAUGUGGCAAAUGGCAAGAAUAGAUUAAUCAAAAUUGAAUAGUUUAAGCGCUUAGUGUUCAGUGAAUGAGCGAUAGAGAGAGAGAGAGCGGUAGAGUGUGUAUGUGUGUGGGUGAUAAACGACGUGGUCAAUUUUGAUGCGACAAGUAUGUGCAACACAGUUAAACUAACGGUUUUUGGUUGCAGCAAGUUUCGCAACCCUGUCAACGCUUGUGCAAUUAAACAUCUAUAAAACAACCUUUCAACUCCACUCUUAAAACAACCCAAAUAUAAUUAAAAGGCAAGAGAAAAUAAAUCAUGAAGUGACCUAAAAUUUGCACUGCAAUCCUACUCACUUCCUACUUUUUUUCUGGUUUGACAUUGGUCGGUCGAUUUGCUUGCACGUUCGUUCAUAUUGUUAUGCAAAAUUCCGUGUCAAGUAAUUGUGUCGGCUUAGCAACAAUAACAAGAACAAUAGAAAAGCAACAGUAAACGUGGUUUAAGCGCAAUUUGCGCCUCAUCCCACAUGAAUGCCGUGAAUGUAUGGUGGUGGACAAUAUGCAUCGCCGCCGGCGUGUAGAUAACAUCGCUGUUGUCUUUGAUGUGAACAACGACAACCCCAACAACGUUACCCCCAAAAAAAUUCUAGCCAAAUCCAACAAUAAGCAAAACAACAAUAAUAGAGUCCAAUUUUACACUACCAGCAACAGCUCGCCUGUAGUAGAAACAAGAACAACAAAUAUCACUGUCAUCGUUAGCGCCGCCGUCAACGCCAAUCGUGACGCUAGUUACGUUCGCGUCGCCGUCACCAUCGCCGUGGUCAAAGUGAAACGGGAACAAUCGCGAGCCAAAUCAGUCGUCGUCGUCGUCGUCGCGAACAAUUGGCUAUUAGCCUUGUUGUGCACCUCGUUAUUGUCCAAGUCAACGCUGUCGUUGUCGCAUUUGUCGACCUAAGUGUUUGCCGCUGACCGCGACCUCAUCAGCCACACUAAUAAAACUAACAACAAUUGCAAGUAUAAAACAACAACAAAAACUAUUACAGAAAUCACAAAAACCGCGCCAGCAAAAAAUGGUAUUUGUGAAAAUCGCAAAAGUGCCACACGGAUCAGUCAAUUUGGUGAUACUGGAUUCGUAAGUGCACUAGUGAAUGCGAUCCGUCACAAGAGGAAAAGAAAUUGAAGUGAUAAAAAGUGUAAAUAGCAGCAGCAAUUGCAAAAAUAAGCAAAACACACACGCGUGGCGUAAAUGAACGAACGCAACUUGUUAAUGAACUAGAAGAAGAACCCGCAAGAACAGCAUAAUUGAAGGUGAAAAUCUAUAAAAAAAAAAGUAGUCUGUGUUUUACAUAUAGUGCUUAAAUUGAAAUAUUAAUCAUAAAAAAUGCAUAUUAAUUAUUAAAACGCAUAGAAUUUAAUAAUAGUUAAGCAGUAAUUUUAAGUCAAAAUAGGUGUAGUUAAACUAAACUAAACGGAAAUUAAAUUUAAACAACAAAAUUACGAAAAUCAACGCUAUAAAUUAGUAAAUCUAAUAAAAAAAAAAAAAAUUUUUAAAAUUUGACAAAAUUUAUAUAUUUGAACACAGUAAAAUUAGGAAAAAAUCAUUCGUCCUGGAUUAUCUGCUAAAAACGUUUCGCACUUUCAAAAACCCGAUUAUGGCCGAGAAUCAGACCGCCACGGAAGAUUCUGGUCAGCAAUCGCAACAUCAGCAGCAAGGACAGCAGCAACAACAACAGCCGCAGUCACCGCAGCAAAAUCAGCCACCUCCUCCCGCGUUGACAUCGCCUACAACACCGCCACAAGAGAAUAAUUCCGCAUCAUCACCCGAAGAUACCCAAACCGUCGUUAUACCCAACACUAAUCACCAUUCACACUUAAACCACCAAAAACUCAGCAAUCAACAAAACAAAUCAAAUCAAGCGCAUCCCGAUCAAGCACUCUCGCUUAUAAUGCAACAUCAGCAAUUUGCGGAUAUGAUCAAGGGCAGUUCGAUAGCAGCGCAACGCCGUAACACAAUACAGUCUCACACUCCCGUACGUGCCGCCAGCACCACAUCGAUUAAGAAGCCACCCCUGACUAAAAUGACAUCGCUUACAAAUGCAAAUACCGGCGGCGGUAGUGGUGGCACGAAACCCACUAGCAUGACCGACAAACAUCACCAACAUCAUCAUCAUCAUCCACAGAGUGCUCACCAAUCGUCACUUCAUCAUCAUAAUGUGAACAGCGCCAUGAACCAUCAUCACCAUUCGGGUUCCACAGGUGGCAAUGGUAGUGGUAGCACCACGAAUACGGUACAACGCCGCACCAGUGAAUGUUUGCGUCUGAAUGCCCCAGUCACAGGUGGUACUAGUGGUGGUGGUGGCGGUGCUAGCUCGGCCGCUAAUUCGUCCACUCCGAACCUUUCGAAUGCAACCAGCAACAGCAGCCUUCACUCGAACGUGACCAACAAUAGUUCCAGUUCGAGCACUUCUAUUGCACCGAAGUCAACAGCAACUACAGCUUCGACAUCGACGAAAGUCACAUCGCCGAAUAACAAUGGUGGUGGUGGAAGUAGUUCGGCCAGUACCAACACCAGUCGCAGUCAUCACAGUCAUGGGCACGGCGGCGGUGGGGGUGGCGCUGGCGGCAAUCAGCACCAUACUGCCGCUUCACAGCCAAGCAGAAAACCAAAGACGACCUCAUCAUUUCAGAUUACUUCCGUGACUGUCGGCCAUCCAAAAGUGAAUUCCGAUAAUGGAGACGAGUCAGCCGACGAUUUGGAUGAAUCUCAUACAGAUGACAAUAGUCGUGUCACCGAUCUCGAAAACGAGACGCCUUCAAUGUCGGAAGAUACAUUCUCCAAAGAAGAGGUGUAUUACUCCAAUAGUGCAUUGAGCACUACAGCACCGGUGAUACCGACCAGUUCACAGUAUGGGCUUGUAGUGGUGGAUCCCAAUGGUCCGUCACUCGGACAGACCAUACAAAAUGUGCAGGUCAAUGUAUCGGACAACAUAAUAAAUGUAGUGAGUGCCACUGUAACACCAGGUGGCAGCAAGAAGAAGGAUGACGUAAAGGAGACGCAGCCCCGUAGCGAGCGUUUCAAGGUGGUUAAGAUCGAAUCGACUGAGCCAUUCCGCCGAGGACGGUGGAUGUGUAUGGACUAUCUCGAUCAUUCAACUGUGGGCACCGGCGGAAAGGAGGGCGGCGGUGGCAACAAUAAUGAAAAGACUGUUUCCUCCGAGUCGGCUAGCGGCGGCAGCGCCGAACCGGCAAAAACUACGCAAAGUAUGAUAAUUGGGACGGGCGCUGCCCAGCUGCUCGAGAAUCAUGUGGAUGGGGUUGGCAAUAGCUUACAGCUGACCACUGGCGGUGGUGCUGCCGCUAGCGCAGCGACUGAUGGUAACUGGAACAUUAACGAGGGUGGUGAGCUUGCUCUGCCAGCACAGCAGUUGCAGCAACAAAUGUCCGCACCGUCGGGCAUUGCCACGGCUCCAGCCACAGUGUUGCACGGGAUGCAGCAAUUUGUGGCUGAUGCUGCCGCCAUGCAGCAGGGUCAUGCACCACCACAACAACAACAACAGCAGCAGCAACAGCAACAGCAAGUGUACGCAGAUAAUGGCAAUGGGGACAAUACGGCCGUUGGCGGGGCCGCGCAGGAAGUCGUACAUGGCCAAACAUUGCCCAUGGACUAUGCAACUAAAGCUGCACAGCAACUGCAAGAAUCGUUGCAGCAACUGAAGAAGCAGGAGGAAGCGAUUGCAGCAUCCGAAGAAGCCAACACCGUAUAUGUGCCGCCACAGUCGCAACAGCAGCAGCAACAGCCACAGACACUUCCAAGCAAUUUGCAGUUUCAAAAUGGCAGUGUUGUGAUUCCAAGUGAUAACAACAAUGGUGCGGCAAGCAUGCAACAGAUCGAACCGGCACAGCAGGCUCUGCAGUCAGCCCAGCAACAACAAUUGCCAUCGACAUUUGUUGCACUGCAACAACAGCAACAGCAAAGUGGCGCUUACAGCCAACAACAGCAACAACAGAACUUCCAAACCGCAACUACACAACAACAUCAACAGCAUCAGCCUUCUCCUCCACAAAUGAUGCCCAACGAUGUCGUAAACAUGCAACUUCCACCACAGCAACAGCAGCAGCAUCAACAUCAAUCGGCCUCCGCGCCAGCAUCGCAAAUCGAUGGUGUUGCUGUUCAACAACAACCAUCCCAACAGUUCCAUCUUCAGUCACAAUCGCAACCGCAGCAACAGCAGCAGCAGUCUCAACGACCGCAGUAUCAACACCAACAAUCGGCUCCUGCUGGUCAAACGAUGCCGCUUCAAAUGACAAACUACGAACUGCAGCAGCAGGCAGCCGGACAGCAGCAGCAACCACAACAACAGCAGCCGCCACAACAGCUACAACAGAGUGCGCCGGCAACGAUUGCCGAUCCAAAAGUCCUUGCGGCUACAAUACAAGCACAUCAACAGCAACAACAGCAGCAGCAGCAACAAUCGAUGUCGCUUGAAAAUGCCCAAAUAACUAACGCAACUACAAUGCCGAAUAUCCAGAAUGAAACAUUGCAGCAGCAGCAACAACAAAUGCAAAGUGUUACUAAUUUGAGCAACGCUAGUGCCAAUGCCAAUACCAAUAGCAACAACAACAAUGUUGCUGGAACGAAUGCUCCGCUCAUGACUGCUGGAUCGCAGCCAACUGUGACAACAAUCGACGAACAAGCACAGGCACAACAGCCGCCUCCACAGCAGCAACAGCAAGUACCACAACAAUUGCAACAGCUACCACAACAACAACAGCAACAGCAGCCACCACCACAGACGCAACCAAAUGCAGAAACAGAAACUGAAAGCAUAUCGAGUCUCUCGCAAGCCAUGUACCAUGGCAGUAGUCGAAAGCGAGCCUUCAGCACGCCACAAAUAACACCCGCCAUUUCUACGCUACUCAAGAUCUCGCAAAAUGAGCGCAGAGUUUUGUUGCUAAACAAUAGUACCAAUGGAAGCAAUUUUAACAUCAACAGUAAUAAUAACAACUUACCGCCCGAUCAGUUGGUUUACUACAUGAAAGCCAACUCACCGCAUAAUUUGGAGAAUAGUAGAGUAUCCGGGCCUUGGAUACAAGGUCGCUCCGACACCAAUAUCUAUACAAAUCUGGCGCUCGGUCACGAUCGCUACAAAUUAUUGCCGGCCGCGCAAAAUUACGAGGAUGUGGAUGUGGACGAAGAUGAAGCAACCGAUCAAUUCUCACCAACUAUUUACCCAACUAGUCGUGCCAUUCCUAUACCAAUCAGUGCCGGCAGUAGUCCACAACAUUUGUCAAGUGGUCAACAAACGCCUCAACUGCCAAUUUCACCUACCCACGUGGCCUACAGUGCCAGCCCGACGACCGGUGCUUAUCCCUAUUCGGCCUUCUACGGCAGUUCGCCAGAGUCGCAAACGUCUCUCGGUGGUGUGCAAACACCUAUCAGAAUGUCCAAUAGCUACGAUCAAGCGUUGGGCACGAACUUCAAACGUAUGCCUACGGCGAUACACCAACAGCAACACAGCAGUGGUGGACGUUUGGUGCCACGUGCACUGUCGUUAGAAUCGACCCAGAUGAGUAGUGGAGCGGCCGCAGCGUCAGCGGCUGUAAAGUUUGCAGCAUCGUCGGCCACAUCAUUGAACAGGUAAGACGAUUUAUCACUGAAUUGAAAUGUCGUUAAAAUGCAGCAAUCGUAAGUAACAAGAAUUACAAAUGACCUGAAAAAAGUAGGGCGAAAACUUAGGUUUUAAAUUUUAGUUCGCUUCUAAAUCAAUAGAGAAAUACAGACUUUCAAGUUUUGGGGAACAAAAUAAUCCAUUUCUUCUCGUUGGUUAAUAGCCGCGAAAUAUGUUUUUAUGUCAUACAUAGUUAAAAUCUCAUUCUGUGCUAGUUGAGAGUCAAGAAUGUUUUAAUUUGAAACAUUUUUGUUUAAUUUAGCAGACGCAAAAUUAAUCAUCCACAAAUGACAAAUAUGAUAGACGUACGACGCCCUUUUGCAAAAAUUAUUCAUCUUCCGAUAGAGUGAUUAAUUUUCCGCCAUCGUGUAGAAAUAUUAAAAAAUUAUAAAAAAAAAAUCGUACUCCCAUAGUAUUCUGUCUAGUUCACAAAUGACAAAUAUAUUAUGAUUCAUGUAUGACGCCAUUUGCGAAAAUUAUAAAUCUCCGAUAGGGUGAUUAAUUUUGCGCCACCUUGUUAAAAUAAUAAAA